GAACCGAACCGGAACCGGAACCGAACCGGAACCGGAACCGAACCGGAACCGGAACCGAACCGAACCCCCCCGUUAUACGAUGCCAUUAAAGCCUUUUUAACUAGGCCUCAAACGCAACCUUGGCUUGGAGACGUGAUUCAAGUCGGCCCGGGGCCAUGUAUCAAGGUUUCCCGGGGGAUUACGAUUCCGGUUCACGUUGUAGUUCGUCUCCAUCGGUUGAAUCUCAAUAUAUUUCAUCGGUGGAUUCGUUCGGUAGCCCGACAACGACGGCUGCCGUUCAGGAUUGCAGUCCAUUGGUUGACAUGCCCGGCUCCUUCGUCCCUACGGUGACGGCCAUAACGAGCAGCCAGGACCUUCAGUGGUUGGUUCAACCCACCCUCAUCUCUUCGGUGGCUCAAACUCAAGCCCCCCCCCCACAACAACAACAACAACCCCCCCACCAUCAUCAUCAUCAUCAUCAUCCUCAACCUGGGGGUCCUAUGGCACAACAACAACAACCUUCAUCAUCAUCAUCAUCCUCGUGCCCUGUUGAUCCUUAUGACCUUCCAGGACCCAGUUAUUCUGGUGCUGCUGGUGGGAUGGGGGGGUUUUCUACAGCCCCCCCCCCUGUGAGAGCGACGAGGGUCAGAGUGAGACGGAGCAGGGAUGAGACGCUGACCCCAGAGGAGGAGGAGAAACGUCGCGUCCGUAGAGAGAGGAACAAAUUGGCGGCAGCCAAAUGCCGGAACCGGCGGCGGGAGCUGACCGACCGACUGCAGGCGGAAACAGACCAACUCGAAGAAGAAAAAGCCGAGCUGGAAUCGGAAAUCGCCGAACUCCAGAAAGAAAAAGAACGUCUUGAAUUCGUUUUGGUUGCCCACGCUCCCGCUUGUAAGAUCCCAUAUGAGGAACCCCUUCCAUUGGGUGCCGGCCCCGUCGAGGUGAGCACCUUAAACAAGGAAGAACCAUCGGGGCCCGUCACCUUCUCCUACCAGCCGGGCACCCAAGGUCCCUUCCCCAGCUGUAUCUACGCGUCGGGGAUCCCCCAAGUCCAACCUAACCCAUCCUAUACGUCUUCGUUUGUGUUCACCUACCCAGAGGGAUCCACCUGCGGAGCCUCUCAUCAGCGGAGCAGCAGCAGCGACCAGUCCUCGGACUCCUUGAAUUCUCCCUCGCUCCUCGCGUUGUGAAUGGCUUAUCCCCCCCCCUAAACCCCAUUAUGAACCCACAACCCCCUCCCCAAGGCCCACAACCCACUUUCAUUCCCCUUAUCCCCUUCCCCUUGGCCAAAAUAAGGCUCGAUCCCAACCCAACCAGGCUUGAUAUUGGAUAGCGGGCACCUCCUUCGGAACCACAUUGGGUUGGGUUGGGUUCUUCUAUUUGGGCUGCCCAAAAUAAGGCUCGAUCCCAACCCAACCAGGCUUGAUAUUGGAUAGCAGGCACCUCCUUCGGAACCGCGUUGGUUUGGGUUCUUCUAUUUGGGGUUGGGGCGUUGG